UCUUUUUCUCUUUUUUUCCCUUUGGUUCAUUAGCUUUCAACCUGUUUGUUGAUGUUGUUUAUGUUUUUCUUUGUUGAUAAUUAUUUUAAAUAGUAAAACCUUUUUGAUUUAUUUAAUUCUUAGUUUAAUCAUGGAGAGUGACAUUUCUGGAUCAACCACUGAGCCAAUUACAAUAGAUGAAAAUGGUACUGAGAGUACAAAUGUUGAUGGUUUAAAUGGUACCGACGGUGAAGGUGAUGAUUCAGAGAUGAGACCAAUGGAAAUGAGUGAUAAUAACAACAGAAUGGUAAACACCUGAAGCAUUUAUCGACCGUCAACUGAUCAACUCAACUGAAUCUUACGUAAUCUCCAAAAGAAAUUUGUGUAAAAAUUCUGAACCUUUAGCGUUCAUCAUUACAAUUUCCAGUAUCCGAUCAAAAGAGCGACGAGAUCAAAUAAGGGCAACAUGGAUGAAAGAUGCUCUCUCAGUUGGAUUGAAGAUUCUCUUCUCACGGGGAUUUUCCGUUUUCCAUGAGGAUUCAACAGAAAUUCUGAUAGAAAAUGAAAUUAAUCAAGAUAUUCUACAAUUUAAUCUUUUCGAUGAUUGGAGGAACUUAACUCUCAAAACAAUCGCCUCUCUCUCAUGGUACAAAAGCCACUGCUCUCAGGCGAAAUAUUUUAUUAAAGUGGACGAUGAUGCGGUCAUUAAUGUGGACAAUUUGGUUACCAAUUUAGCCACUUUUUCAAAUUCUCAUGCAAUCAUUGGCCAUCUUCUCAAAUCUAAUGGUCCUUGUUUCGUUUGGUGGAAACAGAGACAUUGUAUGCCUUUCGAGGAUCAUCAUAAGUUAAAUUACCUCGAUUAUUAUCCGCCCUACCCUGCAGGUCCCAUGUACGUACUGACUCGAGCCGCUGUGAUACUAUUAGUUAAUCAUGCUAAAUUAACUUCUCGGAAGGAUAUUUAUUUUCUGGAGGAUGUUUACAUUACUCUAUUAGCUCGUGAAAUUGGCAUCGAUUUGGUUGACAAUUCUCAAUUUCUGUUCUGCUCUCAAUUGAAUGAAAGAAAUUUCCAAGAGAAAGUGGCCAAUUCCGUCGUGAUUUAUGAUUGCUCAGCGAAACAAUUUGAUUCUAUCUGGUCGUUAAUUCAACGAAAUUAACAAAAUUCUAGUUUUUCCUCUCUCUCUCUCUCUCUCUCUCAACUCUAAAUACCAACAAAUCAGGAGAUUUGCAAUGAUUCUUGUGGUCCCCAACUCGUGAUGAGUGAAAAUGAUUCUGUGACCAAUAUGAUUAACUUGAAAUCAGUACAUCAUUUCAUGGUAAUCAGCAAAUUCUAACCUGAUCAAUUAUCUCCCAAGCCAAGAAAUGAUCUAAAUACUAAUCGAUUAAUAAUAUUAUCAACUAACAAUCUUUGCUAAAAAAUGGUUUUUGAUUAAAUGAGUUUUGAUUA